GAUGGAGAGCGUAUUUGAAUUAGAGAUGGCUCCUGCCCCUAUAAUCGUCGCAGUACCUAGACCUGAUCUAGAUUCUCCCGAGGAACGGCCAAUUGAGCGAGAAUCCGAGGGAGCGGGGUUGGCGGUGAGAGUUGAAGAUACGCUCGCAUCAGCCUCGCUCGGCGAGCAGCGCGGUUUUAAACAAGGCAAAUCAGUAGAGUAGGGCACAACACCCCUGCACGCGGACAUUUACAAUUUCGAUUUUGCCCUUUUCAAUUUCAAGCAAGGUUAUGGAAAGGCGAAAUCUGAAAGCCGAGGGGCUAGGGGAGGAGGCGGUUCAGUCUAGAUCAAAGAUUUGGCAAGCCACUGUUCCCGUUGUCCUUGGCCUUCUCCACAAACGAUCUCCUCGGCAUCAGCUUCGAGACCGGUGUAAGACUUGCUUGAGACCAGUGGUCGGCGGCGGUGUCUUGGACAAAUUUGAAGAGUCACAAAGUGGCAAGAGCCGAGAAGAGAGCAUGCCACCAAGACCCGUGGAAAGCGUCUGGAACUAUCCAAGACCACCUGCGCUCCAGCCCACGACAGCCCGAUUACGUGUUGUCUGGAGGGCACCCGAUCACUCGGAGACGGUGGUGGCGGACACGACGCAGGGCUACCGUGUGCUCGAGACCUCCCAUCCUCCGACUUACUACUUCCCACCUAGCGAUGUCAACCAGGCGCUUCUCGCUCCGAGUGCAGCUCGGAGAACGUGGUGUGAAUGGAAAGGCCAGGCUCUCUACCACGACUUGAAGCCGACGCAAGCAAGCACACCUCUCGUCAAGGCAAAGAUUUGGUCCUAUCCUUCGCCCACGCCUGGCUUUGCAAAGAUCAAAGACUACAUGUGCUUCUAUGCCUCCAGUGGCACAGAUGCUGCCAAGUACGUUGAUGAGGACGAGGUGGCGGCACAGGAAGGCGACUUCUAUGGCUCUUGGAUCACGCCGGAGAUCACUGGCGGCGACCGCGGCUUUAAGGGUGGUCCCGGCACCUGGGGCUGGUGAGCUGGGUCCAGCAUACUGUAGCACCUGCAGUCCAAAGCACAAAAAUGCUUCUAUUCCCUGAAUGGAUUGCCCAUGGCACUGGUAGUGAAAGGUACUCCUUUACAUCCCCACGUCGCGGUUAGCCUU